AUGGGGGGCCCGCGGCGCCUGCUGCUGAUCUCCAACUCCACCCUGCACGGAGGGGGGUACCUGGGCCACUGCCAGCAGCACAUCCAGAGCUUCCUCGGGCAGAAGGUGAAGCGGGUGCUGUUCAUCCCCUACGCCCUGCACGACCGCGACGCCUACGCCCGCACGGCCAGGGAGAAGUUUGAAAGCCUGGGUUAUGGGCUGGACAGCAUUCACGAAUCUUGUGAUCCAGCGGAAGCUGUAAGGAAAUCUGAAGCAAUAUUUAUUGGAGGUGGGAACACAUUCCGUCUCCUGAAAGCUCUUUAUGACAACAGUCUGAUACAUGAGAUCAGGAAGAGAGUUCUUGAGGAUGGGAUUCCUUACAUGGGAUCCAGCGCAGGAACCAAUGUUGCUACUGUCAGCAUCAAUACCACCAAUGACAUGCCAAUUGUUUAUCCACCUUCCCUGCAGGCUCUAGGAUUAGUUCCUUUUAAUAUUAACCCCCACUACCUGGACCCAGACGUUAAAAGAACUCACAUGGGUGAGACCAGAGAAGAAAGAAUCCGCCAGUAUCAUGAAGAACCAAACACCCCCCCAGUUCUGGGCUUGCGGGAAGGUACAAUGCUGUUAGUGGAAGGAGAUAAAGCCACAUUGCAAGGAGUGACAGGAGCACGUCUGUUUUUGAGGGGUAAGAAACCAACUGAACAUGAGCCUGGAACAGAUUUCAGUUUCCUCCUGACUGACAGCAAUUCCUUGAAUCCAUAGCCUUCCAUAUUCUGCAGCAAAAGUUAUAUAUGGGGAAGACAAAGAAGAAAAAGGAAAUAGAUGCUUUUUGUCCCAGGGUGGGUGGGGAACUUCAGCUUCAUAAAUAAAGAUAAAUAUGCAUUAGUGGGCUCUCAUCCUCACCCCGAUGCAUGUCUCGGACACCUCCUUCCCAGAAAAGAAGACACUUUUUAUUGCAGUACUUGGAUUAUCAUAGCUAUUCAAUGCUUGAAGGAGCCUGUACAUUCACGUGUCCACUAAUUCCUUCCCCACCAAAAAAAAAAAAAUGUUACCUUAACACAAUUAAGACGGGACACUGAGUCAGCUGUUCCCACUGCCUACUUUUAUCUGCUACAUAAAAGAAUUGUUCAUUCAGUGUACUCCCACACUUAGUUUAAUUUUUUAGUGCUAUUAAUAAAGGGAGAAGUUAUGCAUUCAA